AUGCAAACUUCGACGCUGGCCCUCGCCGGGCUGGCGGCCACUGCUGCCGCCGAAACGAUCCGCGGCGUGCUUGUCUUCUCCCGCCACGGAGACAGAACCUCCAAGCACUUCCGCAACCAAACUCUCACCCCUCUCGGGGCGAAGCAAGUCUACCAGGUUGCCCAGGACUACCGCGCCCGCUACCUCUCCUCCGACUCGGCCCACCAGAUCCGCGGCAUUUCCGAGUUCGAGUUUGUGCCCGCCCAGGUCUACGCCAGCGCCCCUGACGAGAGCAUCCUCCUCAACACGGCCACCGCCUUCCUGCAGGGCCUGUACCCGCCCCUGGGCGACAUCGACGCCGCUGCCUUCUCCACCAUGGACGAGCUGGCCAACGGCACCUCGGUCUCGUCCCCGCUGACCGGCUACCAGUACGUCACGCUUCACGGCGUCAACGACGACUCGCCAGAAAGCGUCUGGAUCAAGGGUGACGACAACUGCCCCGUCCUCACGACUGCCUCGGCCUCAUUCCAGGCCUCGGCCGAGUACAACGCCCUCCUGUCCUCGACCCGCGACUUCUAUCAGUCCCUCUACCCUUUCGUCUCGGAAAUCUACCCCUCGGCGUCAGACCUGAGCUACGCCAAAGCCUACGACAUCUUCGACGUCGUCAACGUGGCCACCAUCCACGACGCUUCCUCCCCGGCGCGCAACAUGUCGGCCUCACAGCUGUUCCAGCUGCGCACCCUCGCCGACAGCGCUGAGUUCGCCGCCAACUACAACGCCACCCAGCCGGACCGUUCCAUCCACGCCGCCACCUUCGCCGGCUCGGUGCUGAGCCACCUGAACCAGACCGUCUCGUCGCAGGGGCACACGCCCAAGUUCACGCUCCUGGUUGGCAGCUACGACACCUUCCUGUCCUUUUUUGGAUUAGCCAACCUGACCGCCGCCUCAUCCGACUUUUACGGCCUGCCUGCCUAUGCGAGCACCAUGGCCUUCGAACUGUUCACCCCGACCACCACCACCACCACCGACAACAGCAGUGAGCAAGAGGAGAACUUUGACAUGGCGGAUCUGCACGUGCGCUAUCUCUUCCGCAACGGCACCGAAGCCAGUCUGCAGGCGUUCCCGCUCUUCGGGACGGGCAGGACGGAGCUGCCGUGGGCGGAAUUCGUCGACGUCAUGCAGGCGCGCGCCAUCAGCUCGGCCGGGGAGUGGUGCGGCCGGUGCCAGAGCACGGCCGUGUUUUGUGCCGCGUAUGCUACUAGUACUACUAACACAGGCGAUAAUGAUAAUGAUGGGGUGGCUGUUGCGGGGGAUAACAAGGGUGAAGAGACGGUGAGCAGGGGCGCGUGGGUCGCCGUGCUGGUUGUCAUGGCUGUUGCCGUGGCUGGGAACAUGGUUUGGGCGGCCAUGUGGCUCGUUAGGAACCGCCGGGUGAGGGAGGAGAGGAUGGCGGCGGCUUCGGCGGCCGUGGGCAAGGCGGGAAGUGUGAGGAGUGUUGGCAGAGAGAGUGUUUAG